AUGAUACCCGUCGAGGCGAGCUGCAGGGCCGACUAUGAUACGAUCAAAGAAGCCGUAACGCAGUUGUUGGGCACCAAGUUGCAGUCCGGUCAGAUCACCGGUUGUGAAACUUAUGCGAUCGAGUACAAAGCGCGCAACAACCACGGAUUGCGCAGGGAGGAUAUCAUUAAUCGUGUCGGUGCUGCAAUGGAAUCCAUGUGCCCGAUGGCAAAGGUACUGCUGAGCGAUCCCGACCUUACGAUCCUCGUCAAUGUCCUGAAAACCAUCUGUUGCAUUGCUGUCGUUAAGAACUACCUUCAGUACAAACCACUGGCUGACGCGGUUGCCUCCGCGACCCGACAGGAGAAGCGGUUGUGGAAGAUGAAGAAACCUCCUUGA